AUGUUGUUUGCGUUUAUUCUUAGCUCGCUGUUGCAAAUUGCAGCCGCCCAGAGUCCCAGCGGCUCCGCAACCACGGCUUCUGCAGAGGCAUCAAGCACGACCGGAUCCGCGUCUUCAUACAUUCAACCCGAUGUGCCGACCGGCACACCUGUUCCAGGAAACUAUGGGGGGGCACUACGACCACAGGUCCACUUCAGCCCUCCCGCCGGUUUCAUGAACGACCCGAAUGGGAUGUUUGUGGACGCCAAUGGCACUUGGCAUCUCUACUAUCAGUACAAUCCAACAGCAGCCGUUCCCGGAAACCAACACUGGGGACAUGCAACGAGUAGAGACCUGUACCACUGGGAGAAUCAACAGAUUGCAUUGUUUCCGCCCAACAACUACACGUUCGUCUAUUCAGGCUCGGCUGUCGUCGAUGCGAACAACACGUCCGGAUUUUUCCCCAACCAAACAAACGGCGUUGUGGCCGUCUACACGCUGGCCGAAUCUUUCCCUGACCGAGCGGGUCCGCAGCAACAGGCCAUAGCCUACUCCUUGGACGGAGGCUUCACCUUUAUUCCAUACGAAGGCAACCCGGUCAUACCAAGUAACUCAUCGCAGUUCCGCGACCCGAAGGUGAUCUGGUACAAAGACCACUGGGUCAUGGUGGUCGCGUACUCGCAGGACUUCGCGAUCGGAAUCUUCACUUCCCCCAAUCUCAAAAACUGGACCGCCACCUCGAAUUUCUCGUACCACGGGCUGCUUGGAGAGCAGUACGAAUGCCCGAACUUGGUGAGCGUGCCGGUCAACGGAACCAACGGCGGGACCAAGUUCGUACUCACAAUCUCGAUCAACCCGGGGGCGCCGCUCGGCGGGAGCGUCACGCAGUACUUCAUUGGGGAUUUCAACGGCACCCAUUUCGUGGCGAUGGAUGGCGCUACCAGGCUGACGGAUUUUGCGAAGGACAAUUACGCCGGCCAGUUCUUCUACGGUGUCGGGGCACCAAAUUCCGAUGCCGUUUCGAUGGCUUGGGCAAGCAACUGGCAAUACACUGCUUUGGUGCCCACGGCCCAGGAGGGAUGGGCGGGGACCAUGUCGUUACCGCGUCGCAACUACCUUGCCAACACGACGCGGACGGGACUCAGCCUGUACCAAGAGCCAUACGGCCUCGACUCCAUUCGCGGGAGCGAGCUGGCAAGUAACGCGUCACUAGGAAAUGGCACCGUCGUUGCCGAUUUCCAGGGCGUGCCAUCGCGGGCUGUGGUCCUCGAGGCCAACGUGACGGGCAUCGACACAUCCACGGUCAGCGCCUCCGCUACGCUGAACUUUACCUUCUUCAGUCCGGCGACGGGGGAGUCCCUUCGUGGCGGAUUCUUCUUCGCAGGAGACAAUCCGUUCUUCAUUGACCGUGGAAAUACCGAUGGCUUCGAAAACGUGUUCUUCACCGACAAGUUCUCCACGGCGUCUCCGCUGGGCGACGCGUCGACGUGGUCUAUGAGCGCGGUGAUUGACCAGUCCAUCUUCGAAGUCUUUGUCAAUGGCGGUGCCUCGGCGGCAACCGUGAGCUUCUACCCAACGCAGCCUCUAACGUCGCUUGCAGUCUCAGCCGUGGACAUCCAGGACAGCAUGAGGGUGUCUGUCGGCGUAUAUGCUUUGGACAGCGCCUGGAUGGGCUAUGCAGAUGAGCAAGGCAACGUGCUUGGAAAUGUCACGAAUGGCAGUGCAAACUCGGCACCUACAGCGAAAAGGCAUAUGAUCUACGAGGCGAGAUUCUAGCAGGUGGGGGGAACCCUGCCAAGUGUAGAGGUAACAAUGUCAUCUACAGUGUGAUCAUGCGGUGAGUCCGGCG